CUAGUUCUCCUUCUAUAUACACCAAUGCACUUUCACCAAUCAUCAAACAAACAAAACCAAAAACCAAAAACCAAAAACCAACAAUGAACUACUCCUCCUCCAUCUCCACCCUUUCCUCCUCUACCUCUUCUUUCUCUGACCUUGAACCUUCUCUUUCUCAAACCCUAACUUCAUCCCAUUCAUCAUCAACAUCAUCAAAGAAGAAGAACAUGGUACUUAAAGGUGGUGUAAUUAGUGCAGGAGCUCCAUCACCAAGAUCAGUGUUUUGCUAUGAUUCUUUGUCUGAUGAUGAACCACGUCACUUCCUUGACUCUUGUUUUCUCUGCAACAAAGUUCUUUCCGGUCACAAAGAUAUCUUCAUGUAUGAAGGUGAUAAACCUUUUUGCAGUGAGGAUUGCAGGCAAAAGCAAAUGGAUUUUGAUGAGAAGAAAGAGCAAGAAGAGAAGAUGAAGUUGAAGAUGAAGAGCUUUUAUUCUUCUUCUUCUUCUUCUUCUUCUUCUUCUUCUUCUUCUUCAUCUAUUAAGAGUUUUCAGAGAUCUUCUUUGAUUGUUAAUGAUCAGGAGAGUACUGCUACUGCUACUACUGCUACUACAAAUGAAAGCUUUUGGACAUGAUAUAAUUUAUUUGCUGUUUUUGUUUUAAGUUUUUAAUUGUGAUCGGUGGUAUAUUCUUUAUAUAUAUAUAUAUAAAAAGAUGGUUUAUCUAAUAUAUCAGUUAUAUAUUUCUGUAUGUAUUCUGCUUGAAAUUUCAGUGAUCUUAAUUUGGUCUUGUGUUUUGAUUGAAGGGAAAAAAAAAUACAUUGAAAGAUGAUAGA